UUCUUCCGUCUCUUCCCUCAAUUCUCUCGCUGCCGUUUUUCUAUAUUUUCUGGUUCUUCUUUUCCCCCGAGAUUAAGAUUUUUUUUUUCUAUUUCUGUCAUGGCAACGGCGGGGGAGAUGGAGCCAUUGACAUCGGGAGCGAGCAAUCGGAUUAUCCCGAUCCUGAGGAUCCUCAGGACGCCGCUGAUUAUACUUCAAUCCGUAUGUCUGUACCUCGUUCUUCUCCUCUUUCCGCGUCGUCGGCGUCGCUGCUCUCGGCAGAUAAUUCCUGAGGCAGCUGCUGCGCCGGAUUCUCCGAAGAAAAUUUCCAGGAGAAGGUCGGUUUGGAGGCGGGAUGAGGAGGAUACCUUGAGAAGGAGAGCUCUGGCCGAGGAAGUGGACAUGGGUUUCGAGACAGGGGACGGGGAAAUUCGAUGCCGAUGGAGCACCUCCCUCUUCUUUGGCGUUCGAAGGAAUGCUUUAUUUUGCCGGUCGUGGCUUCCGGUCAGCGGUGAAUUGAAGGGCAUUUUGAUCAUCAUACAUGGGCUCAAUGAACACAGUGGAAGGUAUGCUCAAUUUGCAAGGCAACUUACCUCAUGUAGCUUUGGUGUUUAUGCCAUGGACUGGAUAGGUCAUGGUGGAAGUGAUGGAUUGCAUGGAUAUGUACCUUCACUUGACCAAGUUGUUGCUGACACUGGGGCUUUCUUGGAAAAGGCCAGAUCAGAAAAUCCAGGCGUACCUUGCUUCCUUUUUGGUCACUCUACUGGUGGAGCUGUGGUUUUAAAGGCCGCUACCGAUCCUCACAUUGAAGAAAUGCUGGAGGGAAUUGUUCUGACAUCACCUGCUUUGCGUGUUAAGCCAGCACAUCCUAUUGUUGGGGCUGUGGCUCCCAUUUUUUCUCUGGUUGUUCCCAGGUUUCAGUUUAAAGGUGCAAACAAGAGAGGCAUACCAGUUUCAAGGGAUCCAGCAGCGCUCUUGGCCAAGUACUCUGAUCCAUUGGUCUAUACAGGACCAAUAAGGGUCCGAACAGGGCAUGAGAUAUUACGCAUUUCAUCAUACUUACUCCGGAACUUUAAGUCUGUUACAGUUCCAUUCUUUGUUCUCCAUGGAACUGCAGACAAAGUCACAGAUCCACUAGCCUCACAGGAUCUCUACAAUGAGGCAGCCUCCAAGUUCAAAGACAUAAAACUCUAUGAUGGCUUCCUGCACGACCUUCUCUUUGAACCAGAGAGAGAAGAGAUAGCAGGGGACAUAAUUAACUGGAUGGAGAAGAGAUUACGUGUCAGAGCUGAAAAUGCUAGUGCUUUGGUGAAUUAACUCGCAGGACGGAGCAAGUGUUUUUCUUUUGCCUAGUGUUAAGUCAUUUCACUGAUUCCAAACUGCACCAAAGUCUGUUUUCCUGUUUUAGAAGGUCAAUUCUUCAACAUGUGCGUUUAGGCUGAAGGACUUUCAGCGAAAUUUGAAAUUUUAUGAAUCAACAUAUCAGGUAUAUAUAUAUAUAUAUAUAUAUAUAUAUAAAACAUCCUUGUUUAA